GAAGGCUAUGGAAUAUUGGGGGGAUACAGAGAUAGGUAAUCGAAAAUUUCGAAUCCCCCCGUUUCAACAAAAUUCAUGCUUAUUUAUAGAACAGUGCAUGCUGCAAUGGCAGGUCGGUGAAUGCUACUGUAGCCAGCAUGGACAGACUAAAUGUUAACUGUCACUAUCACUCAUAGGACAAAUGCGAUAAAAUAAAAUAAAAAUAAAGAAAAGAAACAUUUUGCAUGUAGGUAGGUAAUAUAAAAAUUAAACAAUAUAAAAUCAAAGUGGUAUAUAUUUUAAUAGUAUCUAAUACAAUACUAUUCUAUUCCUUAUACUUUUGGAGUUUAAUUAUUGUCCUUCAUAAAGUAAACACGCAAAAGAUAAUAAAAUUUCACUUGAAUGUGUAAAUUAAAAUGGAAUCAGUCACUAAUAUUCAAAAAGAAGUGGAAUUCUUCGACCCUAUUCAUGAUAUAAUUGACUACUUGGUAAGAUGUGUUCAGAUUUCUUUUAAAAAUUCUCGAAUCAAUGAAGGUGAAGUCAGAACUGCUGAAAAAAUCAAUAUGGCUUUUCAAUUAUAUCAAAAAUCACCGCUAGAUUUUCUUCUACAAUUUGGAAAAUAUUUAGCACCACAACACCUCAAAUAUUUUGAAGAAUUACACCUACCUGGAGAUUCUACCAGAUUUCAGGAGUAUAUAUUGGAAUUAAAGGUGUAUCAUUCAGAGGAAAGCAAACACAAGAGAGUUAGAAAUCGAAGAUAUAAAGCUUUACAAAAGAUGCAAAGUGAAUCAGACUAUUUUAGUGAAAAACAGAUGAUGUAUCGCAAUCCUUUACUGUAUGAGCAACUGAUAGGUCAAUAUUUAAGUGAUGAUGAAAUCAGAGAACGAGAUGGAAUUGAUACCGAAAAUAUCACUUUUCUGAACAUGAUUUUGGAAACUGUUGAUAGAAACCAAAUGAGAGAAACCAAAAAUGUACAAAUGUUAGAAGAGGAUAAUGAAGAACAAAGUGAGUCAGCGCAUAAUUGUGACAACUCGGCUGAAAUUUUUAAAAGUAAAAAAAGCUGGGGUGAUUUUGAUACACCUGAUAUAAAACCUAAUUAUUUGCCUGAACCAAGAAAACAGGCUCUUAUAAGUGCACCAGAGAGAAAUCUUCUCCGUCAAGAAUUUAUUCAAGAGAUGUACAAUAGUUUCUUGGAGGGGAAUGAUGUGGACUUUGACUACUCUAAUAUAGAUAACGAUGAGCAGUAUGAUGACUUGCAGCAGGAGGCCCAAGAUGCUGAAGACAGGUACUUUGAUUCAGAGACUAAUGAAGUUGAAAACCUAGAAGAGCAUAUGAAGCUUAUCGAGGAAUAUGGUAGACAAGAUUCUAAAAACUCCAAUGAGACAAAUUCAGAAGAUCCACUUGAUGUAUUUAUGAGUCACAUUUCAAAUAAAUUAAGAGGAAAUUCCUACAUAAUGUUUUGCUAAAUACCCUAUCACACUUUACUUAUCUAAAGGUAUAGUUACAUCUGUUUUU